GGCAGCGGCGGCAGGAUGCGGGCGGGCCGCGGCGCGGCGGGCGGGGAGGCAGCGGCCGAGGAGGAGGCGGCCGAUGGGGCCAAGCGCGGCGGGGCGGCGGCGGCGGGGAGGGCGCGGGGCCGCGGCGGGAAGGGGUCCCCGAACGGCGAGUGCCGUCGCGGGGAACCGCCGCGCAGCCCCGGCCCGGAGCCGCCCCGCGAGCCCAAGGUCUCCUUCUCCUGCGGCGGCGGCGGCGCAUCCCCCGGCGGGGCCAAGGCGGCCGAGGAGGGGGCGAGCGAGGAUGCGGCCGAGGAGGUCCGCGGGAGCCAGGCCAGCUUCAUGCAGCGGCAGUUCGGGGCGAUGCUCCAGCCCGGCGUCAACAAGUUCUCGCUGCGGAUGUUCGGCUCGCAGAAGGCGGUGGAGCGGGAGCAGGAGCGCGUCAAGUCGGCGGGGGCCUGGAUCAUCCACCCCUACAGCGACUUCAGAUUUUACUGGGACUUCACGAUGCUGCUCUUCAUGGUCGGCAACCUGAUCAUCAUUCCCGUGGGCAUCACCUUCUUCAAGGAGGAGACCACGGCCCCCUGGAUCGUGUUCAACGUGGUCUCUGACACCUUCUUCCUGAUGGACCUGGUGCUGAACUUCCGGACAGGGAUUGUCAUUGAGGACAACACAGAAAUCAUCCUGGACCCUGAGAAGAUCAAGAAGAAGUACCUCAAGACCUGGUUUGUGGUGGAUUUUGUCUCCUCCAUCCCUGUGGACUACGUUUUCCUCAUUGUGGAGAAGGGCAUAGACUCGGAGGUCUAUAAGACAGCCCGUGCCCUCCGCAUCGUCCGAUUCACCAAGAUCCUCAGCCUGCUGCGGCUGCUCCGCCUCUCCCGCCUCAUCCGCUACAUCCACCAGUGGGAGGAGAUCUUCCACAUGACCUACGACCUGGCCAGCGCCGUGAUGAGGAUCAUCAACCUCAUUGGGAUGAUGCUGCUGCUCUGCCACUGGGAUGGCUGCCUCCAGUUCCUGGUGCCCAUGCUGCAGGAUUUCCCCCAGAACUGCUGGGUCUCCAUCAAUGGGAUGGUGAACGACUCCUGGAGUGAGCUGUAUUCCUUCGCCCUCUUCAAGUCCAUGAGCCACAUGCUGUGCAUCGGCUACGGGAAGCAGGCGCCUGAGAGCAUGACAGACAUCUGGCUGACCAUGCUGAGCAUGAUCGUGGGGGCCACCUGCUACGCCAUGUUCAUCGGCCACGCCACCGCCCUCAUCCAGUCGCUGGACUCCUCCCGGCGCCAGUACCAGGAGAAGUACAAGCAGGUGGAGCAGUACAUGUCCUUCCACAAGCUGCCCGCUGACUUCCGCCAGAAGAUCCACGACUACUACGAGCAUCGCUACCAAGGCAAGAUGUUUGAUGAGGACAGCAUCCUGGGGGAGCUCAACGAGCCCCUGCGUGAGGAAAUUGUGAACUUCAACUGCCGCAAGCUGGUGGCCUCGAUGCCGCUGUUUGCCAACGCCGACCCCAACUUUGUCACGGCCAUGCUCACCAAGCUGAAGUUUGAGGUUUUCCAGCCGGGUGACUACAUCAUCCGAGAGGGCACCAUCGGCAAGAAGAUGUACUUCAUCCAGCACGGGGUGGUCAGCAUCCUCACCAAGGGCAACAAGGAGAUGAAACUCUCUGAUGGCUCCUACUUUGGGGAGAUCUGCUUGCUGACCCGUGGCCGGCGCACGGCCAGCGUCCGUGCAGAUACCUACUGCCGCCUCUACUCGCUCUCAGUGGACAACUUCAACGAGGUGCUGGAGGAGUACCCCAUGAUGAGACGGGCCUUUGAGACUGUGGCCAUCGACCGUCUCGACCGCAUCGGGAAGAAGAACUCGAUCCUGCUCCACAAAGUGCAGCACGACCUCAACUCAGGUGUCUUCAACAACCAGGAGAACGAGAUCAUCCAGGAGAUCGUCAAGUACGACCGGGAGAUGGUGCAGCAGGCGGAGCUGCAGCAGCACACAGCCAUGUACAGCCCCGUCCAGCCCCAGGUCACCUCUGCCAUUGCCACCCUCCAGCAAGCCGUCGCCAUGAGCUUCUGCCCGCAGAUGGCCAGCCCGCUGGUGGGCUCCAUGGCGCUGGGCUCGCCCCGCAUGAUGCGCCGCUUGCAGUACGCCCAGGCCGUGCCCAGCCCCUUCGCCGUGUCCCCCGUGCUGCUGCAGCAGAGCCCCCCGCCGCAGCCGCAGCCCCCCGUGCCCCACGCCAACCCCUCGCCCUCGCAGGACCCGGCGCAGCCCACGGCCCUGCCCGCCUCCACCAGCGCCUUCGCCGCGGCCGCGGCCAGCCCGCCGUCCCAAAGCCCGCUGGCCAGCCGGACGUUCGCCUACGGAGGUACCCCCGGGCCGCUGGGCUCCCAGCUGUCCCUCAGCCAGCAGCCAGCGCCCGGCUCGCCCCAGCGCCUGGCCGCCCACAAGAGCACACAGGCGCUGCACACCAGCAGCCUCAGCCAGGAUUCGCGGCCCCUCUCGGCCUCGCAGCCCUCGCUGCCCCACGGGCUGGCGGCCGGCAGCACCCAGAGCCCCCCGGCCUCCGCCCGCGAGUCCAGCACCUCCAUCGGAGGGGGCCCGGCCGCCGCCUCGCCGGGCCCGGGCCCUCCGGCCGGGCUGCGGGCCCAGGCGCCCUCGCGGGGUGCCCCGGCCCACCCGGCGCCCGCGGGCUCGGGGCUGACAGCGCCGCCAGCCUUGCCGCAGGACUCGGCGGCGGCCCGCAAGGAUUCGGCGUCCAGCACGCCCGACACGGACCCGGCCAAGUCCAGGCUGUCUUCCAACUUGUGACCUCCGCGCCGGAGG